AUGGAGACCAACAAUGUUCCAGCUCUGACCUCCUUUAUCAUGAAUGAGGAUGAGCUGAAGAGGAAGCAGCGAGAGAAACUGAAGAAACUGCAGGCCACCGGUGGGAACCCGCGCCCUGCUCGUUCCCUCUUGUUCUUCACUCUGAAGAACCCCUUCAGGAAGGCUUGUAUCAACAUUGUAGAAUGGAAGCCGUUUGAGAUCAUCAUUCUGCUCACCAUCUUCGCCAACUGCGUAGCCCUGGCCGUGUUUCUGCCCAUGCCAGAGGACGAUACCAACCACACCAACACAAGUCUGGAGAGUCUGGAGUACAUCUUCCUGGUCAUUUUUACAUUGGAGUGCUUUCUAAAGAUCGUGGCGUAUGGAUUUUUGUUCCAUGAAGGUGCCUAUUUACGGAAUUGCUGGAACAUACUGGACUUUGUCAUUGUGUUCAUGGGGCUCUUCACUGUUGUCUUGGACACCAUCAACAAAAUAAGUGGAGUCCCUGCAGGAAAAGGAGGCGGGUUUGAUAUGAAGGCCCUCAGAGCUUUCAGAGUUCUUCGACCACUGCGUCUUGUAUCAGGAGUGCCCAGCCUGCAGGUGGUGAUGAAUUCUGUUCUCAAAGCCAUGCUUCCACUUCUACACAUUGGUCUGUUGGUGUUCUUCAUGGUCACCAUUUAUGCUAUUAUGGGCUUGGAGCUCUUCAAGUGCAAGAUGCAUAAGACCUGUUACUAUACUGGCACAGAUAUCCAUGCAACAACGGGAAAUGAAAUGCCUGCCCCAUGUGCCCAAGCUGGACAUGGGCGCCGUUGCACCAUCAACGGCACAGAAUGCCGAGGGGGGUGGCCUGGACCUAACUAUGGCAUCACCCAUUUCGAUAACUUUGGUUUUGCCAUGCUCACUGUCUUCCAGUGUAUCACAAUGGAGGGAUGGACUGAUGUUCUCUACUGGGUUAAUGAUGCCAUUGGCAAUGACUGGCCUUGGCUCUACUUUGUGACCCUUAUUCUCCUGGGGUCCUUCUUUGUGCUCAACCUGGUCCUAGGAGUUCUGAGUGGUGAAUUCACAAAGGAGAGAGAGAAGGCCCGCUCCAGAGGAGAGUUCCAGAAACUAAGAGAGCGGCAACAGCUGGAUGAAGAUCUGAAAGGUUAUAUGGCGUGGAUUACUCAUGCUGAGGUCCUGGCCAUGGAUCAGGAAGGACAAGGACUUCUCCCACUGAAGGAUAGUGGCUCAGAGACAGACAGCUUGUAUGAUGCGGAAGGCAUAAACCGUGUGGUUUAUUACUUUCGCCUUGCUCGGCGGUGGAACCGAGUCAUGCGUAGGAAAUGCCAUGUUUGGGUGAAAUCCAGAGCCUUUCACUGGUUUGUGAUCUUGGCGGUCUUCCUCAACACUCUGGCCAUAGCCUCCGAGCAUCAUCAUCAGCCUGAAUGGCUCACGCAUUUACAAGACAUCGCCUCUAAGGUCCUGCUCAUCUUGUUUGCUAUUGAAAUGUUCAUGAAGAUGUACGCCUAUGGUCUGCCAGCCUACUUCAUGUCCAUCCUAAACCGCUUCGACUGCUUUGUCAUCACAGUCGGCAUCUUGGAGAUCAUCCUGGUUUCAUGUGAUGUUAUGACACCUCUAGGAAUCUCUGUGCUGAGAUGUAUUCGACUCUUGCGCUUGCUGAAGGUUACAAAGUACUGGGCAUCUCUCAGUAAUUUGGUGGCCUCCCUUUUGAACUCUGUUCGUUCCAUCGCCUCCCUCCUCCUCCUCCUGUUCCUCUUCAUUGUCAUCUUCUCCCUCCUGGGCAUGCAAGUGUUCGGUGGCAAGUUUAAUUUCCCUGACCGUGAGGUGCAACGCAGCAACUUUGACAACUUUCCACAAGCCCUCAUCAGCGUCUUCCAGGUCCUAACAGGAGAAGACUGGAACACAAUCAUGUAUAAUGGAAUAAUGGCCCAUGGAGGGCCAAGCUUCCCUGGGAUACUAGUCAGCAUCUACUUUGUCAUCUUGUUCGUCUGUGGAAACUAUAUCCUUCUAAAUGUCUUCUUGGCCAUUGCUGUGGACAACCUUACUGAAGCAGAAAGUUUGACCUCGGCUCAGAAAGAAAAGGCAGAAGAAAAGGCACGAAGGAAGCUUAUGAGAGCAAAUCUGCCUGAGAGGACAGAGGAAGAGAGGGCUGCACUGGCCAAGAAGCUGGCAGAAUCAAGAGCUAAAGGAGAGGGUAUGCCAACCACAGCAAAGCUCAAGGUUGAUGAAUUUGAAUCAAAUGUGAAUGAAGUGAAGGACCCAUUCCCACCUGCAGACUUUCCAGGUGAUGAUGAGGAAGAAGAGCCAGAGAUACCUCCGAGUGCAAGGCCCAGACCCAUGGCUGACUUGCAGCUCAAAGAAAAGGCUGUGCCCAUGCCAGAGGCUAGCUCCUUCUUUAUCUUUGGACCACAGAACAAGUUCCGCAAGAUUUGCCAUCGGAUCAUCAACGCCACCACGUUCACCAACUUCAUCCUGCUCUUCAUCCUGCUUAGCAGUAUCUCCCUCGCUGCGGAGGACCCCAUUGACCCUAAAUCUUUCAGGAACAAGAUCCUGGCGUACGCUGAUAUUGUUUUCACUACAGUUUUUACCAUUGAAAUUGUGCUCAAGAUGACUGUGUAUGGUGCAUUUCUGCACAAAGGUUCCUUCUGCAGAAACUCCUUCAACAUCCUCGAUCUCAUCGUUGUUGGUGUUUCCCUCCUUUCUAUGGGAAUGGAAUCCAGUGCCAUCUCUGUGGUUAAGAUUCUCAGGGUUUUGAGGGUGUUGAGACCACUAAGGGCCAUUAACAGAGCCAAAGGACUUAAGCAUGUGGUGCAGUGUGUGUUUGUGGCCAUCAAAACAAUAGGAAAUAUAGUUUUGGUCACUAUGCUCCUGGACUUCAUGUUCGCCUGCAUAGGAGUUCAGCUUUUCAAGGGCAAGUUCUACUCUUGUACUGAUCCCUUAAAAUUAACAGAGAUGGAAUGUCAAGGCACUUUUGUCAAGCGGGUGGAGAAUGCUCUACAUGACACUCAGAUUCAGCAGCGUGAAUGGGUCAACAGUGACUUUAACUUUGACAACGUGUUUAAUGGAAUGCUGGCUCUCUUCACCGUUUCCACAUUUGAGGGCUGGCCAGAAUUACUUUAUAAAGCAAUAGACUCUGACAGAGAGGACAUGGGCCCUGUUUAUAACAACCGUGUAGACAUCUCCAUCUUCUUCAUUGUCUACAUCAUCCUCAUCGCCUUCUUCAUGAUGAACAUCUUCGUUGGCUUUGUCAUUGUCACCUUCCGGGAGCAGGGAGAGCAGGAAUACAAGAACUGUGAGCUUGACAAAAACCAGCGCCAGUGUGUGCAGUAUGCUCUGAAAGCCCGGCCUCUUAGAUGUUACAUCCCAAAGAACAAGCAUCAGUACAAUGUGUGGUAUAUUGUCACUUCCAGCUACUUUGAGUACCUCAUGUUCUUUCUCAUCAUGCUGAACACGCUGUGUUUAGCAAUGCAGCACUGUAACCAGUCAGAUCACGUGACGAAGCUGUCGGACACCCUUAACGUGAUCUUCACUGUGCUCUUCACAUUGGAGAUGAUCGUCAAACUGAUUGCCUUCAAAGCCAAGGGCUACUUUGGUGAUCCCUGGAAUGUGUUUGACUUCCUCAUUGUGGUUGGGAGCAUCGUUGACGUGGUCUUGAGUGAAGUGGAUAAUGCCCUGGCCGCCAGUGGGGGACUGUACUGCCUUCACGGCUGUGCUGAAACCAACCCCAUGCAAGCUAUUGCAGCUGAAGAAAAUGCUCAAGUGUCCAUCACGUUUUUCCGACUGUUCCGUGUCAUGCGUCUGAUCAAACUGCUGAAUCGAUCGGAGGGCAUUCGCAACCUACUGUGGACCUUCAUUAAGUCUUUUCAGGCUCUGCCCCACGUGGCUCUACUCAUCGUUAUGCUCUUCUUCAUUUACGCCGUUAUCGGGAUGCAGGUCUUUGGUAAGAUAGCCCUGGUGGACGGUACAGAAAUCAAUCGCAACAACAACUUCCAGACAUUCCCUCAAGCUGUCCUGCUGCUGUUCCGGUGUGCUACAGGGGAGGCCUGGCAUGAGAUUAUGCUGGCAUGCAUGUAUGGGAAACUCUGCGACCCCAAAUCUGAUUACAACCCAGGCGAGGAGUACACCUGUGGCACCAGUUUUGCUAUCUUCUACUUCCUGAGCUUCUAUAUGUUGUGUGCCUUUUUGAUCAUUAAUUUAUUUGUAGCUGUCAUUAUGGACAACUUUGACUACCUCACCCGAGAUUGGUCAAUCCUUGGCCCUCAUCAUCUGGAUGAGUUUAAGAGGAUUUGGGCAGAGUAUGACCCUGACGCCACCGGUCGAAUUAAACAUCUGGAUGUGGUUACACUAUUACGAAGGAUUCAACCACCGCUUGGCUUCGGCAAAUUCUGUCCUCACCGUUCAGCAUGCAAGAGGCUUAUAUCCAUGAACAUGCCAUUGAACAGUGAUGGAACUGUCACCUUCAAUGCCACGUUGUUUGCAUUGGUUAGAACAGCUCUGAAGAUUAAAACUGAGGGCAACUUUGAGCAGGCUAAUGAGGAGCUGAGAGCCAUCAUUAAGAAGAUUUGGAAAAGGACCAGCAUGAAACUAUUAGACCAGGUCAUCCCACCAAUUGGAGAUGAUGAGGUGACUGUGGGAAAAUUCUACGCCACCUUCCUGAUCCAGGAAUACUUCCGGAAAUUCAUGAAGCGUCAAGAAGAGUACUAUGGAUAUCGCCCGACCAAAAAGAGUGCGGCAGAGAUCCAGGCAGGACUGCGUACCAUUGAAGAGGAGGCUGCUCCUGAGCUCCAAAGAGCCAUCUCUGGAGAUCUGAUUGCUGAGGACGAGAUGGAGCGAGCCAUGGAGGCAGGAGAGGAGGGCAUCUACAGGCGAACAGGAGGUCUGUUUGGAAACCACGUGGAUCCAUUCUCUUCUGAGCCCAGUAGCCCCCUGUCGGCGCAGGUGACAAGCCAUCGUCCACUGCAGUUGUCUGAGAGUCGCCCAGAGGAUGUGGAAUCCCCGCCGGACUCGGUCUUCUUACACAACACUGAGUUCUUCCCCACGACCCCAACCAGAACCAAUACCAACAACAAUGCUAACUUUGCUGAGGAUAUUUUUUGUAGGUUUGCAUAUGAGAGAGAAUCCCUGUCUGAUGUGGGAACAAGAGAUCAUUCUUGCGAAGAUUUGGAACACUAAAACUCAUCUACAUUCUCACAAAACUCAACCAUGGGAGACACUGAUAACAGACGCCCAUCAGAUUUUACAGUGAGGACAGAUAUAACACAGUUCCCUUACGACCCCUCGUACAGUGGGCCCGAACCCCAUGUUUCUUCUGCGGCUGCAGCACCAAGUCCUUCCCCAGCCGCGGACCAACUUAUCCAACAGGCACUGAGAAGAGGUGGUCUGGAAUCUCUGGCCGAUGAUCGUUCAUUUGUGUCCGUGACUAAGAUGGAAAUGGCGGAGGCGAUGAACAUUAGCAUGGAGGACAUGGAGGGGGUGGCUGAAGGCAUCCUGAAUGGUCGUAGCGGUCGAGUGGUGAAGCGUAAGAGGCGUCCCAUCCCCGUCCCGCCUAGCUCCAAGCCCGCUGAGGACACUGAAGCCACGACCACUGUGUAG